UAAUAUCAAUAUGGCUUCUGUCAGUCAGACAAAGGCGAAUCAGUUUUUGCCUUGAUAUGAAAUCAAAUUAGGGAAAGGUAGCGGGAGAGUCGGACAUCGUCCUGUUUUGCUGGUUCAUGUCUGGCGACGGGGAUUAAAGGGACGGAAACACUGUCAGUUGAGUUGAAUAAAUGCUGUGGUGCACGGAGGCCCCGCACGCGCACAAUCAGAAUGUCCCAUUAUACAGAUGAGCCUCGUUUUACCAUUGAGCAGAUCGACUUGCUGCAGCGGCUACGUCGGAGCGGCAUGACAAAGCAAGAGAUCUUGCACGCCCUGGACACCCUCGACCGGCUGGACCGCGAGCACGUGGAGAAGUUCGGCCACCGGCACGCCCACGGCGGAAACGGGGCGGCCGGCGUCAAUCACGGCAACGGCAGCAAUGCCACCACCUCUUCCAACUCCUGCACUACCUCCUCUAACAACCUCACAGCCUCUUCUUCGACGACCUCUACAGCCACGCAGACGGGAUACCGUGGCAGUGGCCUCUCUCCCUCCCCUAGCAACAGCUAUGACACCUCCCCGCCCCCGACGGUCCCCACCCCCGUGCCGGUAGUAGCACCCUUGGUCCAAAAUGGACGGGACCUCGCCGCUAUGCCCAACGGGAAGCUCUCUCCGCCCCGCUUCGCUGUUAGCAACACCUCGCGGGCCUUUGCAUACGAGCACCCAGAUGAGGAAGUGGACAUCGAUGACAAAGUUGAGGAGCUCAUGAGAAUGGACAGUGCUAUAAUUAAAGAAGAGAUUAAAGCGUUCUUGGGGAACCGGCGAAUAUCACAGGCAGUAGUUGCCCAAGUUACAGGUAUCAGUCAGAGCCGGAUCUCUCAUUGGCUGCUCCAGCAGGGCUCAGACCUCAGUGAGCAGAAGAAAAGAGCCUUCUACCGCUGGUACCAACUAGAGAAAACUACACCUGGUGCAACACUAGCGAUGCGGCCCGCCCCGAUGGCCCUGGAGGACAUUGUGGAGUGGCGUCAAACCCCUCCUCCCAUUAGCAGCACCCAGGGCAGCUUCCGUCUGCGGCGCGGCAGCCGCUUCACCUGGAGGAAAGAGUGUCUGGCGGUGAUGGAGAGUUAUUUCAAUGACAACCAGUACCCCGAUGAAGCCAAGCGAGAGGAAAUUGCCAACGCCUGCAAUGCAGUUAUUCAGAAACCAGGGAAGAAGCUUUCAGAUCUUGAGAGAGUCACGUCUCUGAAAGUUUACAACUGGUUUGCCAACAGACGGAAGGAAAUUAAGAGAAGAGCCAACAUAGAAGCAGCAAUCCUGGAGAGUCAUGAUGACAACCCCGGCCCAAACGAACACCAGGACCCCAUAGCUUUGGCAGUGGAGAUGGCCGCUGUCAAUCACAGCAUCCUGGCACUGGCGAGGCAGGGCGGAGCUACCAGUGACAUCAAGACAGAGGUGCUGGACGAUGAGUGA